GGCCCUGACCAUGUGAGAAUAUCUCAUCUGACACCAAAAGCUCCUCAUGUAUCAUAUCUGUAUGAAGAUGCUCAGACCCUUUAUGAAUGCAUGUUAAGAGGAGCUAGAGUUUCAGGUGAUGGUCCAUGCUUAGGAUGGCGAGAAAAAGGAAGUGAUGAGUAUCAGUGGAUUAGUUACAAAAAGGUUAUUGAGCGAGCAAAAAAUUUUGGUGCAGGCCUUCUUCAGAAAAAACUAAAACCUGGUUUAUUUGUUGGUAUAUAUUCUGCAAAUAAUGUUGAGUGUAUUUUAACAGAACAUGCAUGUUAUGGCCGGUCUAUGGCCAUUGUUCCUAUUUAUGAUACUCUAGGACCUAAGGCAUUCACUUUAAUUGUAAAUGAAGCUGAGAUGGCAGCAGUUAUUUGUGAUAAAGAAGAAAGAUCAUUAGCUCUGAUAAAUGACAAAAAUGAAAUGCCGACAUUAAAACUCAUCAUUCAAGUUGAUCCCAUUUCUGGUGAUGCUAAGAAAAAAGCUGAAGAGUCUGAUAUUGAACUUUUAUCUUUUAAAGACAUUGAGGACCUGGGGAAAGCUAAUCCUCAAAACAUGACUCCUCCUAAGCCAGACACACUGGCUGCAGUUUGCUACACAAGUGGCACAACAGGAAGUCCUAAAGGAGUGAUGUUAACUCAUAAAAGCAUUAUUGCAAAUGUCAGUGCUGUCAUGUUACAACUAGGUGAAACUGCCCCUAGUAGUAAUGAUACAAUGCUCUCAUUUUUGCCACUUGCUCACAUGUUUGAGCGUUGUUGUCAGGUUGGAUUGUAUAUGACAGGAGGUAGAGUUGGUUUUUUCCAGGGCGAUAUACGAAACUUAAGUGAUGAUUUUAAAACCUUAAAGCCUACUGUAAUACCUUGUGUGCCUCGCUUGUUAAACCGGAUGUAUGAUAAAAUUCAGGAAGAAGCAAAUUCCAGCAAAAUUAAAAAGUUGUUGCUGAAUAUGGCAAUAGAAAGUAAAAAGAGUGAAAUUGAAAAAGACAUAAUUCGCAAUAAUAGUAUAUGGGACUGGACAGUUCUAAAACCAAUUCAAGAUAAGCUUGGUGGUCGACUGAGGUUAAUAGUUGUUGGAUCUGCUCCCAUUGCAGGCCACAUUUUAACAUUCCUUCGUUGUGCGCUUGGUUGUGUCAUCGUUGUUGGGUAUGGACAGACAGAGUGUGUUGCUCCAUGCACAUUGACUACACCAGGUGAUGCAAGUGUUGAUAAUGUUGGGCCUCCAAUUCCAUGCUGUAGAAUAAAAUUAGUGGAUGUUCCUGAUAUGAAUUAUUUUGCAUCUGAGGGUAAAGGAGAGGUUUGUGUCCAGGGGCUUACAGUAUUCCAGGGCUAUCUGAAAGAUACUGAGAAAACUGAAAGCACUGUGGACAAAGAUGGAUGGCUUCAUACAGGAGAUAUAGGAAUGUGGCUUGCAAAUGGGUCUCUAACUAUUGUUGAUAGAAAGAAACAUAUCUUUAAAUUACAACAAGGAGAAUAUGUAGCUCCCGAGAAAAUAGAAAAUAUAUAUCUUCGUUGUCCAUAUGUGUGUCAAGUAUUUGUUCAUGGAGACAGUUUAAAGGCAUGUGUGGUUGGUAUUGUUGUCCCUGAAAUGGAGAAUGUGAUGCAGUGGUGUAAAGAAAAAAAUAUAAAUGGGGAGUGGAAUAAAGUAUGUCAGAAUCAGGAAGUGAAAGAAUUUAUAUUAGACGAGAUGACUAAAAUAGGAAAAAAAUCUGGUUUAAAAUCCUUUGAACAGGUAAAAGACAUUUAUCUCCAUCCAAGACUAUUUGCUAUAGAAGAUGGUCUCUUAACUCCUACUUUAAAAACGAAACGACUUGAGUGUCGAAAAUAUUUCAAACCUCAGCUAGAUGCAAUGUAUAGUCAUCUCAUCUAAUUAGGAAUUUGAAAUUUUCAGACUUUUGUUUAAAGAUAUUCACAUGAUUAUCUGCACCUCUAUUAUGUUCUCCCUGCAUAGAGUUCUUGAAAGCAAGUGCUGGUAUUGUUUCAUUGAAAAUUCAUGCUCAUUGCAUUUUAUCAAACAUUGUUAACAGGCUUUUUAUAUAUGUAAGAAAUAUCAAGAUAGUGAUGUGUUAUAAAAAAUUAAUCACCAAACUCAUUUCUACAUUUCGCUUCACUUUAGGAAUACUAUUCAAUAGAUGCAGAACAGAAAUAUUGUUUUUGUGCAGCCACAUACAUUGUUAUAAAGGUAAACAUAAAAAUAAUUAUCUUUGUGAAUAUUAUUUAUUAUUGAGCAUAGCUGUGAUUUGAUUUAGGAACAACAAUUUCUUUUUUCAUUCCAUUUUGUUUCGUUUUUGAGCAUUUUGUAUAUAUUCUGUGAUUUUGAAAUAUUUUCUUUUCCCUUGUUUUUGUGUAUUUUGUUAAAAGGUAAUUUAUAUAUAAAAAUGAUAACAUUCAUGAGAUUCACUAAGCUUGAAUAUUAUAAAUAAAUAAAAUGUUAAUUUGAACCAAAAAUUCAAGCUACAGUUUUUUAGCUUUACAUAAACUAGUCUAGAACUUGAAAUUCACUUUUUUGAUCCGCUGCAACUUAAAUUAUUCUCAUUUGCUGUAAUGUCAAUCACUAUUUGUAAGUUAGAAUGUAUGUUUUCUUUCAGUGUUGUUUUGUGAGUUUGUUUUGUUUGUUUUCAGUACUAGCACUUGCAAAAAAGAUUUUGCAUGGUAAGAAAAUGUAAGCUGACAGAUGUAGAUUAUUUGUGUUGCACAUAGACAUAGCAUUCAGUUAAUUUUGUUAGAGUUAAUUCAGAAGAGAGAAUACAUUAAAAGUAAAUUAGCUUUCUUGAAAAUACAAUGGAGAGCAUCUUGCAUGCAAAUGUUCAGAGGAAAGGGAAUGAGAUCAAGUACAGUUUGGGUUUGUCUAAUCCAGUUAUUUCUGCUAACAAGAAAUAUUUUUCUUAGGCUAGUUUAACGUGACAGAUAUUUCUUUGACAAACAUAAUUUAUUUUAUGAAAUAUGCUCUGUAUAAAAUUAAAGUUAUUUUAGAUUAUAUUGAGAGAAAUAAUCAAACUAUGUUAUUAUUACAUAAAUCUGUGCUGUAGCAAAAUAAAUAAAUAAAAAUAAUAUUCAACUAAGUUUGUUAAAAUCAAUUUAGGAAUUAAAAGAGUAAAUUUAAAUUAAAAAUUUAUAUGCGUAUUUUUAGAUUAUAAAUUCUUUAUAUUAUUAUUUUAGUUUAAUUUGUUUUAAAUGUGACACAAAAUUAUUUUUAACCUAAAAUUUGAUUUGCUUAAAAUAUUGAUACUCAUUUUCAUGUUAAAUGGUCUCCAUUGUGUUUAUUAAGAAUUUUAGUCUGUAUGAUUAACAUAUUAAAAAAAUUGCUUGAAUAUACUUAAACAUGGUAUUAUUAUUGUGAUGAGAUAUUGUGUUUAGUGUAAUUUUCCCUCCCUCCCCUCAUGUUAAUUAUGACACAUCUUAAGAAUUUAGGCAGAAGGUGUCAGUCUAUAGAUUUAAGUUAAAAUAUAUACCGUCUAUCUAUCACAAACAGAUUUUAAAAAUAUUGUUUUAAAAUUUCUGCAUCAUGCAAGUGACACUUUGCAGAACUCAGAAGCUUUAGAAACAAAUUAUAAAACAAAAAUGCAGAUUUGAUGUAUAAUUUGAUUUUAUAAAAGACAAUCACAUUUUGCUUAAGCCAUUGAAUUCUUAAACUAUAUUUUAAGAUUCUAGUUUCUAUUAAAAUUCUUGCUGGUGUACAACUUCAGUUUGGUUUAUUUAGAGCUAUUUUGAUUCUGCACCUUCUGUCUGCCCAUCCUGCAUAAAACUAUACUCACUUCAUUUGCUGUAAAGUUUUUGCUUAUCUGCAUUCUUAUUUAUUAUUUUGUAAACAUUCCAUUUAUUAAGUAUUUAUUCAUUAUAUUUAAAAAUUUAAUGUAUUAAAUUUUUAUAAUCUACUUAUUCAGUUAACCUUUUUUAAAUCUGAUGUGCAUCUUGUCAAACUAGAAACAGGGUCGAAUAGUUAUUAAAAUUUGUCAAUGUUCAUGUAUUUGUAAAUACCCUGACUUUAAGUCUUCAUUUGAAGAAUUGCCACCCAGUAGCAUAUAUAUGUAUAUGUAUGUAUGUAUAUAUAUAUAUAUACAAAUAUAUCUUUUCUAAACAUCUAGUAUUUUUAUUUUAAAAAUAUGUGGAGCUGUCAUGUCCUUUUUACUGUCAAAAUUGAGUGUCACAUGUUCUGGAGAAUGGUAUGCAAGUAUAUUUUCAAAUAAUAAAGAAAGAAUGAAAUGUAAUUUGAGUUAUGAAAGAAAUUGUUUGAUUGAUAAAGUUUAAUUUAUUCCAAGUGUCAGUAUGAAAAUUUGAUACUCAACUUGGCCAGUGGUGCAGUAGCCUGAAUUUUCAGGUUUCAUACAGCAUAUUAAUUAUUGCUUAUAGACUCUAGCAAAUUAGAUUUGAAGGAAUUUCAUGUAAAAAACUUCUAGGUGCUCCUUUUGUACACAUUAAUUAGGAUAGAAGCACUUGAGAAAAAAAAUUAUAUUCUAUAGUAUUUUAAACAAACCUAUUUAGCUGUACUGUAAUCUGAAUAAUGAAUAUGUAUAAAGGUUUAAAGCUAGAACCAAACUGGAAAAAAAAAAUAAAAAGAAGAAUUUUGGCGGUUAAAAAUCAAGUUGAUAAUUUUUUGCUAAAAGUAGUAACUAAUUGUGAUGGGACUGGAAAUUUAGUAUUUCAAAUUGCAAAUAUAAAUUACAAUUCUCAGAAAAUAUGCUUUAAUUCUUUCCUAAGAAUAAGUCUGAAUCUGUAUGUGGCCUUCAUACUGGAGUAUUCUAGCUUUAACUUACUGUCUUCUCAUCUCAUGAGAAGUGCUAAUAUUUCCAUGUAUGAGCCUAGAGUAUGGAAUUGUUAGAAAUGUUUAUCCUCAGCUUUAUGAUUUAUAUCUCAUUUGAUUAACUUAGGCCACUGAUGUAUGAUAUAUAACCUGAUUAAUUCUGUUUAAUUUCUUCUAAAGUAAGAUUCACAAAUCAAAUGAUUUUAGAGCAUUCAAUAUUUUUUAUAUAUUUAUGAAAAUGUAACUUGGGUGUUGCAAUAUUUAAAAAAAAUGACUGGUACUGAAAUUUUUUCUCAAAAGCUUUAUAUUAUUGAAUAUUAUCUCAUUUUAUUUAUUUGUAUAUGCUAUUAAAAAUUGUCAUGCUUGUCACCAAAGUUGUGAAUAGUAAUUUUUUUUUAAUAUAAAAUUCCUCUAUAUCCCUAGUCACUUUCCAUUCCUUCUUAUAGUAAUUAGUUCAUCUUAAAAUAAUCCAAAUUCAUUCAAUGUAUUCCAGCCAUACUGUAUAAAAAUCCCAUUGUUAUAAUUUUUAAAUUGAUAAGUUCAGCUUUAAUAUUGCAGUGACUUUAAAUGAAGAAAUACAUUUCAAGAGACAAUUUGAUAUGGAUCAAUCUUCAUCAGAAGCAACAUAGAUUGCUUCUUGAAAUUCAUUGAGUCUUUCCAUUUAAAGUUACUGCCAAACUUAGGAUGAAUUUUACCAAUUUUCGGUAUUCAAAUCGGCAUGUACCUUUACAUAUUCAUAGUUUACUUAAUUUGUUUCCUGAAAUCUCUGGCAAUGAAAAUUUGUACUUAUGAUGAUUUUUCCCCCCUCUUGAUGAGUAUGGUUGUGAUAAGAAACAUCUGUGAUAUAGUAUGACUUCAUUGUGAAUGCAAAUAUUUUCUUUUUAUUUAUUUUAACUGAAAUCAUUACUUUUUCUAGCUUUGUAAUUUAUGUAAAGUAGCUACUUUUAAAAUAUUAUUUAUAUAUAAUUUCAUUUUCUUAUGUGUGAUACAAGAAUAUUGAGGAUACUUAAUUUUCAUCUCACCGAAACUUUUAAUGUAACCAAAGAAUUAAGGUAAACCAAAUAAACUUUAUAGCGUAAU